CACAUCAACGUUUUGAUUCCAGACAGCAGAUCAGCCCGAGGAGCACAGAAGUUCUUUAUUCACUUCUGCAGAAUCAAAAGGUCAACCCGACUGUUUCAAACCGUUGAUAGAUCGCUCACGACUGAGUUGACAAACUUGACAAUGGCACACUACAAAUUCUUUAUCGUUGUCUUACUUUUUCUGUCCAACCUGGCUGUGGCGUUCACAGAGAGCACUGUGUCCUGCUACAGGAUCGAGCCGGGGACAAUAGCAGGCAUCAUCUGUGCAGAUGUGCUGCUGACCCUAAUCAUUGUCAUCGUCACCUACCGAUGUGCCAGUUUAAGGCGUCAGAAGAUAGAAAAUGCUAAUAAAGUGUAUAUGAAUGUACGGGCCAACUGCAAGAGCUAAUCUAAAGAUGAUGCUGUACAUUAUAAAAUUGUGUCCAUUUUUUUAAAAUCUUGUUUUGUAAAAAAAAACCUAUAUUACAAAAUUGUACAAAAGAUUAAUUGAUUUCUUUUUUUUACAUUAAACCUUUGUUGCAAUAAACACAAGUUGAGUGUCUUGCACAUAUUACAUUUCAGCUUAGCCUUACAAGGUGAUUUUUGGUCUCCAUCUAUCUGCUUGGAGUUAUUUUGCAAAACCUAAUAAACAAGAGGUGUGUCAGACUGUCAAGUUCACCAACCUUGUAAACAUAAAUCUCUGAAUGCUUUUCAAGUUUGAUGUUGGCACUGUAACACCACCAUACAGCACCAUCUGCAGUUGACUUUAGGUAGAACAAUGCUGUGUUUUAAUGGGCCCUGAAGAUUUUAUGUAGAAAUAUUUUCAUUAUCAAAGGCUGCAUUGAUGCGAGUGAUUUCCAAAAAUAGAAGACAGACCCAGUGAUUUUACAUGGAUGUUUUACAGUGUAGCAUCUGACAAACCACUGAAUUAAUUAUGUAUUAAAAUAAAUGUUUGAAAAACAUGUACAGUAUAUAAUACUUCCAUGUCUGGUAAGAUUUCUAUGAAUGGACAUUCAAUAGAUACUAUUUUUGUGCACUGUAUGUGGUUCACAUGCUUGUUUUAUGGGUGGGUUAUCACAAGUUUUUCUUGUUUUUUUACCUCACAAAUACUUCUUUUCAUCUGUUUUAUCAUGGAGGUGCCAUUUGAGCAGUGUGACCUGAUUAUAUUUGGGGCCGAAGAUGUUAAAUUUCCCUGUGUGUGGAAGUGAUACUGUGGUUAAACAGCUGUCUGCCAUUUCAGUCACAAAGAACAUGUUCACCAAACCCAAAUCCAUAUCUUUGCAAUAUCUGCGGAAACACUUUUGGAUAAAUGACCCCAAGUGUUUUUUUUAAGAGGAAUUGGAUCAGAAGGUUCAUAGCUAAACUGUCUCUUCUCACUUUUACAGCUUGUGGGAAGUUGUUGCAGUGUGGUUGUGCAUGAGAAAUCUCCCUUAGCUUUUAAUUGUUUAGAGUUAACUAUUGGACUUAAGGGCAGCUUUUGACAGCAUUGCAUUGCAGUUGGCAGCUUAAAUACCAUUUGGAAAUAAAUCUCUUUUCUCCUGUUCUGUCAUCAGCCCCCAUGGGUACCUCAAGGUUCAAUUCUAGGACCAAUCAUGCUUUCAUUGUACAUCCCUGUCUUUCCCUUUUUGUUGAUGACACCGACACCUACCGUUUAUCUCCCUGUGAAAUGCAGAAAUUGCACCUCACCUGCAUGGUUAUCUAAUUGAUACUAAACUAAUGUCCUUCAACUCUGUAGUCAAAGUGACAGGCUAAAAAGCUGAACUGUAGUGUUGUGAUCAUGAUUAAGUCAACAUUAUUUCUUCAUUACUUCAUUAUGUUCAUGGCCCUUCAGAUAGAGUGCUAAUCUGGUCCACCUUUAACAUUGGUAAAUAAGAUAUGAUUUAUGGUGCCAUAUGCAGCAAUUGUCUUUGUAAUCCUUCAAAUAAAACAUUUUUGUCAAGACAUUUCAGGUUUGCAGACACUUAGAAGUAAGUAAAAAGUUAAAUUCAUAAGUAUCCUUCUUAAGGAAGCACUGUUCUCAGGCCACACUGUUUAAGUGCCUCAUGUUGUUGUGAAUAAAGCAACUGUUAAAAUGCAUCUGCAGUACACUGUUUUUUUGUUUAAAUUUAGUGACCUUAGUAUCAUUUUGCAAACCUACUAAUUUAAUUCUUAAUACAUUUAGUUUAAUGCCACCUUUAGUCAAAUGUUAUUUAUCAAUGUUAAGGAUGGACCAGGUCAGCACUUUAUUUGAAGGGCCAAAAAAUUGAAGUAAGUAAUGUUUACUUAGUUAUGCUCACAACACUACAAUUUUGUUUUUUCUUUAACUACAGAUUUACCACUGAAGAAGACAAACACAUCAUUAAUAAAUAAGAAAUAAUGAUGAUUGAAAUAACUUAAUUUAUGCAUUAUUUAACAAAUCUUUUCUGCCUUAAGUCAUGCAUGAAUUCGUGGUAAUUUAUGUACCAUUUUUAUAAAGUGUUACCAAUUUUUUAUUACAUGUAACUUUUCACAUUCAUUCAGAUAGUAUUUUCUUUGGUAUCAGUUUGUUGACCACUUUACUAAUAAAUAAAUUGUUAUU